AUGGUGGCAGCAAACCGUUGUAUUCUGUCUUUGGGUGUCUGCAUGUCUGUAUGCCUGUGCCGUGAACCCAAACGCGACGGCACUUUUUACGGCAUUGUUUCAUCAGUUAUUGUUCGGUUAAUCAACAGAAAUUUGUCAAUUAUCGCCUAUAAAAAUUCUAAACGAGUAAUUGCUGCUAAUGGAUGUAAAUACAUUGGAGACCUUUUGGCAAGAGAGGAAAGGUUGCCUUCAAACCAAUCUUGGUCUGCACAGCUCUUCGAUGUUCUUAAACGGCUGAGUCCAAAUUCAGCGUCUGCAGCUAAAACUAUUGGCCGCCAGCUGGCAAUGAGCGAAGGUGGAGAAGCUUUACUGUUUACUUUUUUGCGAGAAGAUUGCGAUGAAGAGUUUCGAGAUAUGGUUGUGAAAAUCUGUACACAUUCUUCGCAUAUCAGAGAAUACUUCUGUGAUCAUGGCAUUUUAGAGAAGAUAAUAGGCAUGGAUGAGCCGGCCAUAUCAAUGAUAAGUAUACUCUGUGCUUAUACGAAGGCAAUGAUCGCAAAUGAUAAUUGCGAUUUUGUUGCGCUAUUGAACAAUCGUGAACUUGUGAAGGAAGCGUGGAGUCGUGAAAGGUUGCUGAAUGUCGGUGCCCUUGAUGUAAUGCUCAGCCGUUUUUGCGAAUCAGUACAGAUAGCAGAAAGAUUUAUGAUUAUUUCCUCAUUAGUGCACUUUUUCCACUACGUUAGUGGCCUUGCACAUAUUUUCCGAAAUACUGCUUUCUUGAAGGCAAUCAUAUCCGACAUUCUUAAUUAUCUCGGUGAACCUCAGCCAGAAUGCAAGCAUAAGUACGACCAAAGUAAUCUCCUACCAUGCUCCGCGGCAGCAAUGGAUCAGCGCGCUUCUUCGACAUUACGCAGCUACUCUAGUUUAAAUAAAGAUAAGAUCAGUAGUGGCUUUUAUGGGAAAUCAGUUAUGGGAUGUACGAAACAAGUUGAGGCUGGAGCUAAUUAUGGCGGCAGUCGCAGUCCUGUAAUUUCUUGGAGUCGUUCAGUUUCACCCCCAUCUAAUUCUUUGGGGUCCUGGUGUAGUCCUGUUUCUCCACUCUCAGCAGGCUCUAUGUCUCCACCAUCUAUAAUAAGCCCUUCGAGUUCUGUAGAGGACUUCCUUUCACUUUUAAUCGAAGAUACUGAGUGUUCGUGGGAUUUGGAGAAAAUGGAUGUUGAAGAAGACAAAAAAGAGGACUCUGAAGCUGAAAGUGAAGAAAGAUCGACAUUGCGUAAGAUAGUUUGUGCCGAAUUGCAACUGCUGUCAUACCCGACAAGUGAAAAUAAUAUUCUCGGGGUCCUUAUUAGGGAAGAUAUAGUAGAUUCCCUUCUUCGUUGUUGUUCCGAUGUGACUUUGCCUAAUUCGUAUUCCGUCAAAAUCUUAUCACGAAUGGUAGAGUAUAGAACGAUGAUGGAUAAACUGUUGGCCAUGCAAUUCCAUUCUAGGAUAUUUGAUGCUCUGAUGACAAAGAAGUGGGAUAUGGAAGGCCACGAGCGUGCUUUGACCAGUCAUUGUACGUUUUGUACGACUUUGGGUUAUUUGCUUCUAAAGGAGUUUUCGAGUCAUGUGGAUUCAAAUUUUGGUUUACCGAUCUUAGUAGAUUUAUUGAAGUCAAAGGAUUUCGGGGAAAGAAUAAAAGCGAGCAUCGCUGCGUUGUAUCUUGUUAGGAGCCAAGCGGGUCAGAUGAGAAUUUAUUCUAAGUUUGAUCCAGUUACUCUGUUGAUUGGAGCUGUUCGAGAUGUCUGUGUCGGGGCGCAUUGUGAAGAAAGAUGCUCUCCCUUAGCUUAUACUAAUGGGCCUUCUCUGUUGUACCAGAUAUUGUGUAGUUUGUCUGCUAUAAUCGACUGUGAAAGGAUCUGCCCUUUGUACCGGUUUAAAAAUGAGGCUUAUAAUUUUAUCAUGGUUGGUGGUGAUUGCAUUGUCGAGGAAGAGAACUGUUCUGGAUCUGGGGAAUGUGUGGUUUUUAAGACGGAAUCUGGUGAUGAUCUUGAGCGAAUCAACAAAGAAAAGCUAAUCAGCGGCAGCGAUUAUUUUAAGCUAGCCGAUCGUUAUUUAUGCACAUCAAUGACUGAUAUGCUGCUUGCUGAAAAUGGUCCUGCAAUAUAUUUUAUGUUAAAAGGCAGGAUAGAGGAAUUUCUAUCUCCUUUAUUGUUCACUGGUAUUGGGGAAUGCGGGCGUUUUGAAGAUGCUUUCUUCUUUCAACUGCUCCGGUUUUCGACCGACGAUGAAGUGAAGUCAACGCUUUGGCCUCUUAUUUCGAACGUGGCUGCGACAGAAGUUUUUAUAGAAAAAUUAAGUAAUUUUUUAAGGCGACAUCUUGUCUCGACUGUUUACAUGUCGCCGAAGUGUAGUUAG